AUGGCACAAUCCGUCCAAUGCUACUACUUACCCCCCAAUUCCGAUGUACCAAACAGCCCGCUGCCAGUGCUACAUUAUCGCGGGGUACUGCCUUCGGAUGCGACAGAGGACAUGGUCACAAAGUUUCUGACCGCAAACACUUGGGAAAAGAGAGGCGCCUGGGGGCAUAUUGGCAUCCGCCAUUUCCAUCCAAACACGCACGAGUGCUAUGGAAUCGUCAGCGGCCGCUCUACAAUGCUUCUCGGCAAGAUCAACGACGGCACAGGCGUGGACGUGGAAGUGCAAAGGGGAGACGUGAUUGUGCUUCCCGCGGGGACCGCACAUUCUAGUAUUGAGAGUACGCCUGAUUACUUCUAUAUCGGAGUCUAUCCACGACGUCAUCCGUGGUGGGUAAACGAGCACGGCCAAAACCCAGCGACACACUUUCGAUCCACCAUUCGAGCCGUCGAGAUGCCUGAAGAGGACCCGGUAUAUGGAAAGGACGGACCGCUUUUGAAGUUGUGGCACCCUCAAAGCCUGGCGAAGCUGUAG